GGAACAACGAUAUAGUGAAGCUGUGCAGAUACUGAACCACAUCCUAGAUGCCUACCCAAAUUCCAGGGCAGCUCUUUCCCUGCUUGCAUACUGCUACUUUUACAUGCAAGACUUUGUGAAUGCAGCAAAUUGCUAUGAACACUUGACCAUGCUGUUCCCCGAGGUUGAGGACUAUAGGCUGUACUAUGCGCAGUCUUUGUACCAGGCCUGUCUAUAUGAGGAGUCCAUGAAGGUGACGCAUCAGAUCGAAGGAGCCGAGUAUGCAGGCCGCAUCACCAAACUCCAGGCUGCCAUCAAAUACGGGGAGGAGGACCUGCCUGGGGCCAAGAGCCUGGUUGACCAGUGCCCAGCUGAUGACCCAGACACGGAGGUCAACCAUGGAUGUCUCCUCUAUAAGGAAGGCCGGUUUGAAGAGGCCUGCCAGAAGUUCACAAGUGCCUUGCAAGUUGCAGGCAACCAGCCACACCUCUCCUAUAACAUUGCCUUGUGCCACUACCGGCUCAAGCAGUACGCUCCAGCACUCAAGCAUAUUGCUGACAUCAUUGAGCGAGGGAUCCGUGAACACCCAGAGCUCAGUGUUGGCAUGACAACAGAGGGCAUUGAGGUGCGCAGUGUUGGAAACACUUUAACUCUGCAUGAGACUGCACUCAUUGAAGCUUUUAAUCUUAAAGCUGCCAUUGAAUACCAACUCAAAAACUAUGAAGCUGCUCGGGAAGCCCUAACAGACAUGCCACCGAGAUCAGAGGAAGAAUUGGAUGCCGUCACGCUCCAUAAUCAGGCUCUCAUGAACAUGGACACGAAACCCACAGAUGGCUUUGAGAAGAUGCAGUUCCUCCUGGGUCAGAACCCCUUCCCUCCAGAGACCUUUGGCAACCUCCUGCUCCUCUACUGCAAGUAUGAAUAUUACCACCUGGCAGCAGACGUCCUGGCUGAGAACGCGCACCUCACCUACAAGUACCUGACACCACACCUCUUCGACUUCCUUGAUGCCCUUAUCACACAACAAACGUCACCUUCAGAGGCAUACCGCAAGUUUGAUGAACUUGGCUCGCGGCAUAUUGAAUUGCUACGGAAAUUGACUAAGGUUGUGCAGGAAGCUCGCCAGAACCAUGAUGAUGACCAGGUUAAAAAUGCAGUGAAUGAGUAUGAAGAAGUCCUUGAAAGGUACAUCCCUGUGCUCAUGGCACAAGCAAAGAUCUACUGGGAUCUUGAGAACUACUCGCAGGUGGAGAAGAUCUUCCGCAAGUCAGUGGAGUUCUGCAACGAGUCUGAUGUAUGGAAACUGAAUGUUGCACAUGUGCUCUUCAUGCAGGAAAACAAGUUCAAGGAAGCCACUGGGUUCUAUGAGCCCAUUGUCAAGAAGAACUAUGAUAAUAUCCUGAAUGUGAGUGCUAUAGUGCUAGCCAACCUGUGUGUGUCGUACAUCAUGACAAGCCAAAAUGAAGAGGCUGAGGAGCUGAUGCGAAAGAUUGAGAAAGAAGAGGAGCAGCUGGCAUAUGAGGACCCCGACAAGAAGAUCUACCACUUGUGCAUUGUUAACCUUGUCAUAGGAACACUCUACUGUGCAAAAGGCAACUACGAGUUUGGCAUUUCAAGGGUAAUUAAGAGCCUAGAGCCCUACAAUAAGAAACUUGGGACUGACACUUGGUAUUAUGCUAAAAGAUGUUUCCUGUCCCUCAUUGAGAAUUUAGCAAAGCACAUGAUAACUGUGAAGGAUUCAGUCAUCCAGGAGUGCAUACAAUUCUUGGAACAUUGUGAAGUCUAUGGGCGAAAUGUGAAGACGCUGAUCGAGCAGCCACUGGAGGAGAUGGCCAUGCAUCCAGGCAAGAACACUGUCACAUAUGAGUCGAGACUUGCCAAAGCUCUCCUGCUCCAGAUCCAGCAGAUGUAAAGAAAGAGCAAGGGAGAAUGAGAGAGAGACAUUAAUGAGGCAUUAAAGUCUUGGGGAUAUUUCACUAAUUGGCUCUUCUAUUUAAGAUCUGAUGAGUGUAUAUAGAAAUAUGGAAUGUAGAUAAAAAUACCUAUGAGACUAAAAUAUUUAAUUGAUUUAGUAAAGGGCAUUAUGUAAGUUAAGUCAUGUAUUUGGCGCCUUAAAGUUUGUGAUAAUAAUAUGAUCACCUAGUGCUUUAUACACAGUGAUACCUUAUCAAUUAUAUAUAUACACAUAUAUUAUAAAUUUUAUAUUUGGUGGAUUCCCAAACAGAUAUUGUAUAGCAAAAUUAAUUUUGAUGUCAUCUUCCUUUUUUAAUUUCUCUGGAAAACAGUGUGCUGUAGAAUCACAAAAUUCUAUUUUUGAAAUAUAUUUUGAAUACUUCAUCAGAGUGAAAUGUGUAAUUCAACGUAUAUUUUGACUUGUAAUUUUAAAGAACUCUUCUGGUGAAUGAGUAGUUUUAUUCCUUUUAACUGAUGCAACUGGUAUUCAAAGCUAGCUGUUACUUUCUUUCAAUUUUAUGGAGUAAAAUAUGAUAUACUUAGCACUUUUCUCACUACACACACACAAAAGAAAUAUAUGCUGUACUAAAAGAAUAUGUAAAGAACCAAGAAUACUGCCAAGCAUAAAGAA